AUGCAUGUAGGGCUAGGUGCAUGGUCCGAAGUUCAUUCCUGGGUUUCUCAAGGAGAUCUUGUGCACGAACUGUCGGCGGCCGACGUCAAGUUCGCUAUUCGUUUGGCGGAGCUUGGCUUCCAGCAACUUCGCGAGAUCGUGGAACCGGGAAGGACCUUUUUGAAAGCUACUCUAUGCUGCGGCAAGCAUACAGCAGAGGUGGUGAUUCGGAUCUUGACCGUAUCCCAUCAAGAAUCAGGACAAUCUGAUAACGAUUUUAAUACCGAUGUUUUUGGCGCCUAUCAGCCUUGUUGUAGCGAAGUCCUCGACGAGAAGAUCAGGUCAGAUACUGCAUUAUUAUACAACUUUUACAUUCGAGCCAACCGAAAGACGUUCAACGAUACUUGGCUCAAGAGAUUUCCACCAAGAACCAAUUCACUAUCUUGCGGAGAACCGUCCCGGUUGUCGAUUGACCCGCGUAGCGAUCAGACACGGAAUCAAUGCCACCGGUCUACUGACCAAGAGGAGUCCAUAUCACAGAGGCCGAGGAGCCCUCUAGGGCUUCAGAUACAUCAUGGCGACGACAGCGACGACAGCGACGACGACGAAGAGUCCUCGUCGAGCGAGAUCUCCGAUACCAAUAAUCCUACUCCCGAGAAGACAACCGAGAAGAUCACAAAACAGAAUGAUGAGAUUGUCGGGUUGUUAGUCCGCCAGAUUCAUCUUGGAAUGAGAAAGAUGAAACAGAGGAAGGAAGCGUUCGACAUUUUGGCCCUUGACGUAUCAUACUUUCUAGGACAGUCCGAGCAGAUUCGAGCGCUAUUGAACAGUAUUUCUGACAGAAUAAAAAAGAGCGUAGCUGAGAACUUACAACGCGAGCACGCAACGUCCGAGGAUACCAAGGAUAUUGCUGAUCUCUUCGGAAAAGGACGAGAACAGGGGAAGAUGCUCGAACGAGAGGCACAAAUAUGGAAGUUAUGGCAGUGGUGGUGUUGGUAUUUCGAAUCGAGCUUACGGAUUAUCAACUUCGGAUGGCGACAGAUAGAUAGAGGUCGCAAGGCAAAUGGAGUAUAUGUGAUGCACUUGAUCGUGAAUGAUCUUCUAGCCACAGAAGGGAUCCGCGCCCUGGCCGUUAUAGCGGCCCUAGCCGAGCAAACCUCCUAUCUAUCGCAGGUCACUCAACUAUCCUCCAAGAGGCUGCAGCAGGUUAGCACAGCGGCGGCGACAAGCCUACGGGGUAAGCUGAGUCAUCCUCCACAAUACUAUCUCGUACCCACGGUAGUAGAUUGGGUCAGUGCGGUCACCAAACUCAGCCAUAAAGCUGUGUGUCGCAACCUAGGGUGCCCCAACCUCGCACUAUUGCAGCUCGACAUAUUUGGGGGACUCGAAGACAGUCCAAAAUUCUCCAGAGAGUAUUCUUUCCUCUCUGAUAGAUGGUCGCCCUUUGCAUCGAUACAAGAGGAAUUGAGCCGGAUUGUUCAAGAGCGCCAUUUGGAGCUGUGGACAUCUGCAUCGGAGACACAGAGAUUCUCGAUGGUGGUCGAGGAAUGGUGGAAUCAACUGUCACUUUCACCUCGAAGUCAGCUACGGUCGCUGAGAGAUCCAGAGAGACACUCCUCCAUACGCAACCCAUCCGAAUCAUGUGAGCGAACCACAAAUGGUUUGGAAGAGUCCGAGAUUGAAAAUGUACCCCCUGUACUCGCUCCCUCAUGCAAGUCCGCCCAAGCCAAGGUUGAUAUCAAUGGGAUCAUGCAAGGUGCAACGAUUGCUGCCAAUGUUCGCAUGAGAAGAGUCGACGAGACGUACGGGAUAGACGGAAUAGUGGCUGCAGCUGCUCUACAAGGAAUACAGUAUUCGACGACCGUUCCGGAUAUAUCGAAUGGCUUCGCGAGUCCUUCUCCCGAGAGUGCUGUCGGAUGGCCCGCUCUGGGAAAUGCUUCCCAAAGGAAUCAGAUGACUCUUGGGUCUUCUGGCCUAUCUGACGCAAUGGAUUCGACCAACGCCUUCGGCUCUACGUGGAUCCCCGGGUCCUGGCAUCAGGACCAACGUCAAUCCAAAAACAAUCUACGGCGCCGUUAUGUGCCAGAUCUUGGCUCGGAAGGCAUGGUGCAGUCGCACAAGCAUCCUCGCUUGGACGGGCAAAACAAUACAGACAACACCAUGCCUAUGCAGAACUACGAGAGCCAGACAGCCAUGACUAUAAGCCUCCCAACGACCAUGAUAUGUUUGCAGCGGAGUGAGGCUUUAGGAGCAGAGGCGAGACAAGACGAAGAUCCCUGGGAUUCCCUAAAAGAUCCUAGCUUAGGGAUCGAUUCCUGGGAUUAUCUACGGGAUCCUAGCUUAGGGAUCGUUUGGGACGUAUUCGCCCAUACUCCUACCGGCCACACGAACACUAUGGGAAUAGGUUCACCGCAACGCGUCAAUAAUGAUCCGCCUUUAUUUUCGAUAUCUUGA